AUGAUAAUUAGGACUGAUGAAAACAGAUGGUCUCGAAAUGACGAACGUAUCUGUUACGAAUCUUUGCUUGGUUUACGCUAUAUGGAUUUGUUUGACGAAGUGGAACGAGAAGCACUGCUUGCUGGAAAACCGCUUAAUGAUCCGAUGUCAUUUAUGCGAGAUAUGGCUCCAUGUAUCGACCGUGGCAGAGAAGAAGCGGAUGCGAUGCUGAAAGUCGAUGUGCGUUCGAUUCUGUUCAUUCGAGCUGCUACUGCCUACAGAAUGUUAGCUGAUAAUUCAUUUAGCUUGGUCAGAUACGGUCGGGUGCUUCGUUUUGCGCGUGUCGGACUUUACUGUUGUCUGGCAGUGUUAUCUCUGAACGCAGGCAUGACCGCAGGUCAUGCUCAACGAAAUUUGGCUACAGCACGAGCGUUGAUUCCUUCAAUGAUGUGUCAUAUUGCGGAGGCUGUCGGAAAUAUUGCGUGCAGUCCUUUGCCGAUAAAAGACGUAGCCAAGUCGGAUUUGAAACGAUGCUAUCGUGACAAGCAAAUUAAAGCUCAGGCACUAGCUUUUAUAAAAUAUGAACAAGGUGACUUUUGA